AUGAACCAUACAAAUAACACAGUGGUAAAUGAAUUCAUCCUGUUGGGUUUUCCAAGCCUACAGAAAUUCUACCCUGUCCUUUUCUUGGUUUUUCUACUGAUAUACCUUUUCACAGUCACAGGUAAUAUCCUAAUCUUUUUGACGAUAAUUCUGAAUUGUAAUUUGCAGAUUCCAAUGUUUUUAUUUAUAAACCAUCUCUCUGCAAUGGAAAUUUUGUACACUUCAGUAAUAAUUCCCAAAAUGCUCUCAACCUUUGUGACAUCCAGUAACCGUAUUCCGUUCAACAGCUGCAUGAUUCAGCUUUACCUUUUCAGCUCGCUUGGAGCAUCAGAGUGUUACCUUCUCACAGUCAUGGCCUACGAUCGGUUUCUUGCCAUCUGUAAACCAUUACAUUACUCUGCACUAAUGACAAACUUGAAAUCUUUCCAGCUGGCCUCUGGGUCUUGGGUGGGUGGCUUCCUUUCUCCAGUCCUGCCUGUAACCUUGAUAUCUAAGUUGGUAUUCUGUGGACCAAAUUCAAUCAACUACUUCUAUUGUGAUGCUCAACCUCUUCUCCGACUGUCCUGCAGUAGAACUUAUUUGACAGAAGCCACAAUAACUAUUUUAGCAUCUGGCCUAAUCUUUAGCUCCUUUCUUCUUACAGUUAUUUCAUAUAUAUUCAUUAUUUUGACAAUUUUGAGAAUACCCACAUCCAGUGGGAGAAAAAAGACCUUUUCUACCUGUGCUUCACAUCUGAUUGUUGUUAUUAUGUAUUAUGGAACAAUUACUUGUAUUUAUAUGCAGCCCAUGUCUAGUUUCCCUUUAGAGAUCAACAAAGUUCUUUCUCUGUUAUACACAGUAGUGACCCCAAUGUUAAAUCCCAUAAUUUACAGCUUAAGAAACAAGGAGAUAAAGAAAGCUUUAUGGAGGACUCUACAAAGGGUUAAAUGUCAUACAAGCUGA